AUUUGCCGACGGCUAUAUUGUUCAGGACACUCACUCCUCACAACGGUCUAUAUGCUCGCAACCUCUCGGAGAACGCGCCAGACGUGUGUCUUCACCCGAAAGAACGCGACAUUCCCCUUCUAGUCAGUCUUUCAACCUCUCCUUUGAUCUCACACAAACCAGCAUGCUCACCUCCAGAUCCAACUCAUCCUCCACAUCGUCCUGGUCCGUCGUGCCGCACCCAUCUCCCAGCAUGUCGCUCUCGGGCAAAGUCUUCACCAUCACGGGGGGCGCCAGUGGCAUCGGCCUUGCAACUGCGAAAUACCUGUCCGCACGAGGAGCGGCCGUCGCCAUUGCCGAUGUGGAUCCUGCUGCGAUGGAAGCAACGAGGGCCUACUUCACCCCGCUCAACGUGCCUUUCAUGAUCCGGAGCGUCGACAUUUCUCAGCGUGAGCAGGUGGACGCCUGGAUCGACGAGGUGGUCACGACAUAUGGGCGUCUGGAUGGCGCCGCGAACGUGGCGGGUGUCAUUGGCAAAGUCCACGGCACGCAUGCCGUGACCGAGCUGGACGAUGGCGAGUGGAGCAGGAUCAUUGCGGUCAACUUGACGGGGACAAUGUAUUGCUUGCGCGCACAGUUGCGGAAGAUUGUGGACGGGGGGUCGAUUGUGAAUAUCUCGUCGAUUCACGGGCUGAAGGGGUUUGCCCGCCACGCCGCGUACGACGCCAGCAAGCAUGGUCUGAUCGGACUGACGCGGUCUGCGGCGCAGGAGGUUGGUCAUCGUGAGAUCCGCGUCAACGCUGUAGCGCCAGGAUCCGUGUAUACGCCUCUGAUGCAGAAGGAGUGGGACAAUGCCGGUCGGCCAGCCGACGCUCCCUUUGACGAGCCCACAGCAUUUCGGAGGCGGGGGACAGUCGAAGAGACGGCCAAUGUGAUUGGAUUCUUGCUGGGGCCAGAGAGCACUUUUGUGAGCGGGAGUGUUUACCGAGUUGACGGUGCUUGGGAUUGAGAGCUUGUCCGGGCUCGUGGACGGCUGCAUUUCCGGAGGAUUUUGUAAAUGGCACUGAAAUGAAAUAGCGUUGCCUGCUUGUAUCAAUAAGUCCUUUUGUGAUCAAAUGUCAGUGCGGGCAUGAGUUAAAAGUGUCCUUGCACAUUGGCGUUCGACAUGUCAGAGGACAGUUCAAGCCCACAUUUUCACAACCAAACAAACUGAGAAAAGGGUCCCAAGACGUGAAAGGGAUCAAUCACCG